AUGGUGGUCGUGUGCGAGAGCUGCAUCGCCGCAACGUCUCACCUUCGGCCAAUGAUGGCAGCUACUAAAGCUGCCAUAACGCUUAGAGUACAACCAAAUCAACUACAUCGCACCAUCGCCGCUCGGCCACUCUCCAGUGGCUCCCCACUAAAAUCCCUUCCACAUCGAAGGUCUGUGACAUUUCGGCCGAACCAAUCACGAAUAGCGGCCGUCCGAGCCGAUUCGACAGCACCUGUUGAUACAGCCAAUGAAUCGUCGCCAUCGCCGAGUGCAUCAGCGCCGCCCAGUAGCGUGGCUGCCAGCGUGCCCGGGAUCGGAGGCGUGGCAGUAGUGACGGACGCGACAGUUCCCGAGGGACACAGAGGGCUGCAUGAUUUCCUCUACGGCGAGGGAGACGUGCACGAGGCCGCGACAUCCGCAUACACGGUGCGGCCAGGCGAGGACGACGGCGCGCUGCUGUCCGCGGUGCAGGACUACGUGGCGGCGCGCGAGCUGCAGAAGCUCGCCGGGAUCUACGCCGUGUAUGACGGCGCUGGCGCGCUGCAGUACGUGGGGUACUCGCGCAACAUCGUCGUGUCGCUCAAGGGCCACAGGGCGGCGAUGGGCGAGGAGCUGUGCAGCUCAGUGCGAGUGCAGGUGUACCGGGCAGUUUCAAUGCUUUCCCGGGCAGUGCUGGACGGAGAGCGGAGGCGGUGGUUGCAGGAGCUUGGCGGCGGGUGGAGGGCGGGGAGACGGACGGGGAGAGCGACAGACGCAGGCUGCAGCUGCUGCAGGCCACAGAAGGCGACGACUGGAGCUCUCCCAUUUGCCCGCCCAGGUGCUUCAGCCACAGGGGCGGGAGGGGGAGUAGAGGAAGCGGAGGGAGAAAUGGAUCUGACAGUUGAGUCGGCUGACCGCGUGCUGGAUCGGGUGCGACCGUACCUGGUGGCGGAUGGGGGGAAUGUGGAGGUGAAGGCCGUGGAAAAUGGCGUUGUUAUCCUGCAGCUGCAAGGUGCCUGCAACACGUGCCCCAGCUCAGCAGCAACGAUGAAAAUGGGCAUUGAGAGAGCCCUGCAGGACGCGUUUGGGGAGAAGCUGAAGGAGGUGAUGCAGCUGGGUGGUGUUGACAACCGACUCACCCUCGCUGCUGUGGAAAAUCAUCUCUCACAGGUUCUCCAACCCACCCUCAGCAAAUACGGAGCGUCUGCGUCAGCAGUCUCUCUUGACCUCGUGAAGGGCUUUUGUGAAGUGCGGUUUGAGGGGCCACCACCUAUGGCCAUGGGGAUACAGGCUGCCUUGAAAGACAAGUUCCCUGAAAUUCGGCUUGUUAAGUUGGUGUCAUGA